UUAUGAGUUUUUCUUGAAAUUGCAAUCAAUCGAAUUAGCUUGCAAGUUACAACAAUAGAGACAGACUAGAGGAAGGAAACAACGUAAAGAAAAGAGGAAAACGAAAACAAAAACAGAAAGGGAACAGAAAUAAGGUCCAACGGCUACAUUUCACACCCUCUUACUUUUUGUUUUUUGGGUAGGGGGGAUUCGGCAUUCGGACCCCACGAAUUUGCCUCGCGUUGAUUUCGGUCUGUUUGUUACAAAUCUCUCAGCUCAUUAAAGCCAUCUACCUUCCAUCCUCCGCAAUUCCCGCAGAGUGGAACCAAGCCGGGGAAGGAUAGUAGGAUACAACAACAACAGCUCUCACCCUCUCCACAUCAAAAGAACCUGUUACUUAUAGGGUUUUAGCCGGUUCCCCCGAUCUCUCCUUGUUCUGCAAUCCCCAUUUGAGCUAAUCUGUGAUAAUUCCCCAUCUUCGACCCAUUUCCUGAUCUGGGUCGUUCUGGGGUUUCUCCAAUUCGGUCGAUGUCCUCAGGUUUCGCUCAGUAAUGGGUUGCAUUACGUCGAAGCAGGCGGUUUCUGUAACCCCUGCUUUUGAUCAUUCUGGGGCGUUCCGGGACAACGGAUCCGGGGUUUCGGCUUCUUCACUGCGAAACCGAUCCGGGUUGGUCGAAUUGGAGAACAAGAAGAAGAAGAAAAAGAAGGCCGAGUCAGGAGAUGCUGCUAGCGAAUUGGGGGAGUCAAAGAGGGGGAGCUCUAAUGGCGGGGAUUCCUUUAGCUUGAGAUUGGGAAAUCUGCCUAAAUAUGUGGAAGGGGAGCAAGUUGCAGCCGGGUGGCCUGCUUGGCUGAGCGCCGUCGCGGGCGAAGCUAUUCAAGGAUGGGUGCCCCUCAAAGCCGAUUCUUUUGAGAAACUGGAGAAGAUUGGACAAGGUACAUAUAGCAGCGUUUUCCGAGCAUGUGAAUUAGACACUGGGAAGAUAGUUGCCCUGAAAAAGGUGCGGUUUGACAAUUUUGAGCCUGAGAGCGUUAGGUUUAUGGCACGAGAAAUAUUGAUUCUCCGCAGGCUUGACCAUCCAAACAUUGUAAAAUUGGAGGGGUUAAUUACCUCUCGAUUGUCAUGCAGUAUAUACCUUGUUUUUGAGUAUAUGGAACAUGAUCUUGCCGGACUAUCAUCUUGUCCAGACAUCAAGUUCAGUGAGCCACAGGUUAAGUGCUAUAUGCGCCAAUUAUUGUCUGGACUUGAGCAUUGUCACUCUCGCGGUAUCAUGCAUAGGGACAUCAAGGGAUCCAAUCUGUUAGUUAAUAAUGAAGGAAUUCUCAAAGUGGCUGAUUUUGGCCUAGCAAAUUUCUAUAAUCCUGGGCAUAGACAACUGUUAACAAGUCGGGUUGUAACUCUGUGGUACCGUCCUCCAGAACUCUUGCUGGGUUCCACAGAAUAUGGAGCAUCUGUGGAUCUAUGGAGUGUUGGUUGUGUAUUCGCAGAACUUCUCCUUGGGAAGCCAAUCCUUCAGGGAAAAACUGAGGUUGAACAAUUGCACAAAAUUUUCAAGCUCUGUGGCUCCCCACCUGAUGAAUAUUGGAAUAAGUCCAAACUUCCUCAUGCAACUAUUUUUAGACCCAAGCAUCCAUAUGAGAGUUGUCUUCGGGAGACAUGUAAAGAUUUUCCUGCAACUGCUGUGAAUCUGAUAGAAAUGCUUCUUUCUGUAGAACCAUACAAGCGUGGUACUGCUUCUUCUGCUCUUGCAUCUGAGUAUUUCACAACAAAGCCCUAUGCAUGUGACCCAUCAACUUUACCAAAGUACCCACCUAACAAAGAGAUAGAUGCAAAAUGUCGUGAGGAGGAACGAAGGAGAAGGGCUGGUGGGAGAGUGCGUGGACCUGAAGCAACUAGGAGGCCAACAAGAGUUUGUAGAGCUUCACGGGAAUCAAUCAGUAAACUGGCAUCCAAACCGGAAUUGCAAGAAAGUACCAAAGGUGCCCAUAAGAUCAAUGGUUGUGAUUCACUUACUUCCAAGGAAGAUAAAGACACUACAUUAUGUGAAAUGCCAAAACCAUCAAAUAAUACCAUGCAAGAAGCUUUCCACAUGAAAUAUGCAUCUCAAGGGGAAAUUCCUUUCUCUGGCCCAUUACAUGUCACAGCAUCAAGUGGUUUUGCUUGGGCAAAAAGGAGAAAGGAGGAUGCACCAACCAGAAGAUCACAUAGUAGGUCUAGUUCAAGAGGUCAAGUUUCUAAUGCAGUAGAUCCAUCAAGUCUCCUGCAAACAAGAAAUAAUUCAGACCUAAAAAUAGAAAAUGGGGAAGCUUUAUAUGGGGCUCGCAUUGAUUCUAGAGAUCAUGAUUCACAUGAUAUUGCUAAGCGUGCAAUGCUGAAACAAUGGAGCCAUUUAGACCAUCCAGAUUCUUUUGAUGCAUCUGAUAUAUACCAUUCUCAAGAACUAUCAGUGGCACUGUAUCAAAGGGAGGAAAUGGCAGCUAAGAGAAGCAAUCUGGGUUAUCAGGAUCAAGGAGACAUGGUUGAAUUUUCAGGACCAUUAUUGUCUCAAUCACAUAGAGUUGAUGAGCUCUUAGAGAGGCAUGAGCGUCACAUCCGUCAAGCAGUCCGCAGGUCAUGGUUUCAAAGAGGGAAAAGGCAUGGAAAAUAGUUGUCUGAGGUAUGCCUUCCAGUUCAAACAGAAGUCUCCUGUUGAUGAAGAAGGUAAUUCAAGAAAUGCAAAUCUUGUCCCUAAAUAAGGAGAUGAAUCUAUUACCAGGGUAUGCCGACCCCAAAAGUCUUGGUACACAAGCAAUGAGAAGGGUAAUUGCCAUGUUCUCGGUUCUGAAUUUGCCACCUGCCAGGGGAUCUUAGAUGAUGGCAAUUGAGCUGGGGUAGCCAAAAUGAAGGCGAUGGAGCUAGCUUGCUUUACUAGUUAACUUGAAUAGUGUCGGCGAAUGCUCUUCCAAGUCCAUUUUUAACAGAAGCUGAGCUUCGUUUGAUCAAAGAAUUCAAUUUGUGUAGAUUGUAACUACAUUAAUUUUGUAAUUCCUGGAAGUCCCAGAAUUGUAUAAUGUGUAUAUCUAACAGUUAACUAGGUCCUUGUUCACGGUUACUUUUUAAGGAUCUAGUUUUCUAGAUUUCUAGUCAAUAGUUUCAUCCAACAUCAAUGAAUAGAAAGGUUGUUUAAGGCCCGCAAGUGUUUCCUUUUC